AAAGUUGGUGUAAGGCAUCAGGGUUUUUACGAAAAACAGGCAUCUCCGAAUUCACCAAAAAGCGUGUCGAUUUCAACUAUAGAAAAGAUUCGUUGAUACGGAUUUCUUAAACACUCGAACGGAAGAAAAACGUCAAAAUGCAGUAAGGCCUUCCUACUUAUAGCGUUCCGGUUCUCAACGCACGAUAUGCCCACAUUUUGCUUUUUCAGUUUUCCUGUGUUAGCGUUGAACAAUAGACAGUCCACCAAGCACCGACUCACUCCAUUCAAUCUCGUUGACAUCUAGAAUUCAUAUCUCGGAAAAAGAAGAAGAAGUACAUCUACUGUCCGAAGCAACUGAGAUUCUGUUGUCGAAGUGGAGACGUCGAAACAUGAGAUCUAUAGCAGCUUGCCUUCUGUCAAUGACCAUAACUAGUUUCCUUGAACGGAACGUUCGUGCAGGUCUGGUCCAAAAACUUCGGGGGGAGGCGAAGGGCACUCUUGGUCCUCACAGAAGGCGAACCCUGAGCCGUACGUUGUCCGUCGGGAAAACAGCGCUCUAUUCCUUCACUUUUCUCAUUUUUUUCUUGCUUUAUGACAGAAGGAAAAGCAGGAGGAAAACCUAGGGGGAAAUCAGGAGGAACGUCAGGAGGCAAGCGGAAUUCUUACACCACGACCUCGAAUUCCAGCUACCUAGGCUGCCUUGGGCUGAGCUCCUCUGCAUUACAGGAAAUUUGGAUAUUCCCGGGCGAAGCGCCAAAGUGCGAGUAUAGCCAUCACGGUAGUCAGUCUGGAGUGAGUUCAUCGUCUGGGGCAAGUUCUGGUGGACGCUCUUCAUCAGAAGGAAGCUCCGACACUGAGUCUUCUGCAGAUGGCGCUUCUUGUGGUUCCGGUGGCGACUCGUCUUCUGAUGAUUGUUCAGGCAACGAUAUUCAAGACAAUGGAGGCGACCAGAACGGAACCGGCGGUAACAUAAAUACCAGUGGAGGUAUUGACGACUCGAAUGGUUCUCAUAACGGCAAUGACAGCAUCAACAACAACACCGAAGUUCAAACCAAUACUACUGAGAGUGAAGGAGGUAGCUGGAACAGCAGCCACCAAAGUGGCAACUACAAUACUGAAACAGGCAACAAUAGCGAGAUUGGAAGCAACGACAACGAGAAUAACGGUAGUGAAGUAAACGACGGAAAUGGUGGCAACAACCAGGAAAACGGAAACGAUGACGGAACCGGCGGGGAUAGCGUUGCAGCCGAUGAUGAGGUUGGAGACGAUACGGAAAAUGUAGGGGCGGACGAUGACAGCAAUUUUGGCGACGAUCAGAUAGGUAAUGGAAACAAUAUGAAUGAUGGGGAAAGCGAAGAAAACGACAACAACGACGGUCAAGACGGGCAAAAUAGUAAAGACGAUGAUUUCAUUGCAGAAAAUGCGGACGAUUCAAUUGUAUCAAAUGAAGACUUUGACAACGUUAACGGAGACAAUGGAGAUGGACAAUCAAGCGAGAACCAAAGCGACGACCGAGAAACGCAAGGCAAUAAUUCUGGGCAAGGAAGCGAAUCUAAUCCUUAUGCCGACUUUGAUGUUUCUACUUGCGACACGUACGAGAAUCUGUGGCUUUGGGAUUUGUCGCUGACUUGUGAAAGUGAGAACAACCUCAAGACUUGUGAGUGCUCAUUCGCACAAGAGCUAUUGAGGCUUGGUAUCCUUUCUUGUCAAGACGCAUCGUUGUGCCCAACCAGUUGCUCGAUCUGCAGCACCUGCAUGAGGAUUUUGGGAUGUAUCACCGGGAAUGCUGAAUUGAAUGUGGCUUCCGACUCCAGCAACAUUUUUCUUAUCCUAGCUGCAGUAGCAAGCGUUGUAGUGUUUGGAGUGGUAUACUACGCAGUUCGCAAGCGUUCAAACCCUUCGCCCGAAUUAAAUGCUCAUUUAAUGGGAGCCGGUCCUUUUCCGAUUGAAGCCGGGAGUCCGGAAUUGCCAGAGUCGCAGAUUUGGCUUGCUCCAAUAGUAGCACCCGCACAAUUUCAACCGAGCUAUUUGGCUGCCGUUGCUUCCAAUGAUUCUUCAUUUGCAGAGCCUGCAACGGUGGUUAACUCACGAAGCCUGUCGUCUGCUUCCAGUGACGACAAUGUUUGGCUUGCUCCUGUGGUGUAGUCUGGCGUUACAAAUGCAGGGUAGCUCUAUUUCCUUUACAAUAAUAUAAUGUAUACUGUGGAUCCGUUUGGCGACCUGAUCUGACCGGCCUGAGGUGACCGGAUGGUUUGAAAGCCGACACAAACUCUGGCGUUCACUACCUAUCCAUAUGUGCUGGCAAGAGGUAUUUUUACGGCCAAUGAGAAUUCGGAGGAAACAAAACCCGAAUCAUGCAAACUUGACAUGUGUGACAUACAACGAAACACACAGGGAAAAGCUUGAUAUCAAAGAAGCGCAGGAGUAAGGCGAUACCGUUGGAAGGGAAAUGGUAGUAAACGCAGAAGAGAAGACAAUUUGUA